GUCCCCCGUGGCCUGGCAUCGGCUGCAAAGGAAAACUUCGACGCCGACGCUCCGUAAACUCUCCUCCCUCACGUUAAAAGCCAGUGAAACCCCUGCCUAAGGACCUGAAGUGUGGGAAAACAAGGGGACCCAAGAAUCCGCGUUGUGAGAGCGUCGUCGUGAGCAUGACCAUGAUCUCCAAGGGCACACUGGGCAUCUGCGCGGGCGUCGCCGGGGCACUGUUCCUCGGGUACUGCAUUUACUUCGACCAGAGGAGGAGGAGUGACCCCGAGUUCAAGAAAAAGCUCAGGGAGAGGCGUCGUAAGACAGCCAAGAGCAGUGCAGCAGGCGGCAAGUCAGUCAACUGGCCAAACCUCAAGGAUCAGGAGGCUGUGCAGAAGUUCUUCCUCGCUCAGGUCCAGGCUGGAGAAGAGUUGUUGGCACAAGGUGAGGUGGAGGCAGGCGUGGAACACCUGAGCAGGGCUGUGGCAGUGUGUGGGCAGCCUCAGCAGCUCCUGCAGGUCCUACAGCAGACUCUCCCCCCUCAGGUCUUCCAGAUGCUCCUUCAGAAGCUGCCAGCAGUUGGGGAGAGCAUCCUACAAGCAGCUGGAGGGCCCAAAGUGAGCGAGGAAGAUGUGGAAUGAAGGCCAAGGCAGCAGUGUUUAAUUUAAGGCACCCUCCCCCUGCCCUCCUUCAGAAGUGUCUCCAUGUUUGGAAGUGUCUUUAAAGGGAGAAUACCCUAUUGAGCUCCCCCAACACCCCACCACCACCACCACCACCACCACCACCACCUCCUCCACCUCCUCCUCCUCCUCCUCUUCCUUCUCCUCUCCUAUACCCUUUCAUCAUGUACUCCCAAAGAUUGUGAUACUGUUAGUGGCGUACACACACACACACAGGUACACACACAAGGACGCAAGGUUGGACUUCUAGCGUAAAUAUCUCUUGUUGGCUAUACUGUUGCAUAACGAAGAAAGGAGGUGGAAUCAGUAGAAGAUGAAGAAGAUGCAUUAUGCUCUGUCUCGAUCAGGGAUGCCCAAGACCCAAGAGCGCAAAGGUGUCUUGGCGUAAAUACCAUGGUACAAAAAUAGGAAAGAAGAAAAUGUGGAAAUUGUGUAGUGGACCGUGUGUGUGGUCUCGCAACAUGCUUGGACGAUUAUGAUUACAUUCAGUUUCCGAUACAUUAUUUAUGAAAAUGUAGAUGCAAUGUAGUUAUUCUCAUGUGAUUUUUUUUUCCUUGUUUAAUUUUGCCUUGAUAGUUCUUUCAUUUUGGAUGCUAUUAUCAUUGAUAUUAUAAUUGUGUGUUUUUACUAUAUAUAUAUUUAAUAUGUAUACAUAAUUUCUCUUUUUUUUUUCUUUUUUUCUUUUUUUCUUUUUUUUACAUGUUUUCUAGUAGUUUUGAGUUCAUUUAAGAACUUCAUCUCAUGUGCAUAAUUUAUCAUAUCACAUCAUCGGGAUUGUUGGCCAUUUGUAUAGUUGUUCCACCAGAUAAUGCAGGCAGAACAGUCUGAAGUGUGAUUUGAAUAGAAUUCUAGAAUGUUCCCUUUUUAUUUUUUAUAAUUAUUAUUUUUUUUUUCAUUUCUUUGUUAUUAAAGUUGUUUCUUCCAUCCCAAAUCUCUGCUUUCCCAUUUUUUUCUAAUGAACAGUUAUACAAUACCUUUUAUAAUUUUCUUAUAUGUUCCCCUCAGAUCCUCUCCCCUCUUUUCAUCACUCUCACCCCCCCCCACCCCCCCACCCCCACACACAUUCACCACUUCACCGGAAAAGUUUGUGUUCAGCCAGUUUUUUACUUCUAUUUCUUUCCUUCUCCUCCGGUAGAAGCAGCAGCAGCUUCAGAUAACACAAAACACACCCCUAUGGCUCUUGGAUAUCAUUGGCGGGUUAACUUGUGUGUAUGAAGAAAGAGCCGUUUUUCCUAUUAUAAUUUUUUUGUAUUUAUUUUUAUUAAUAUUGUUAUUAUUAUUAUUAUUAUUAUUAUUAUUAUUAUUAUUGAUUUUAUUUAUUUUAUUUUUGUUGUAUAACCGGUUAAAGGUGAGGAUUUUUAUGUGAAUUUUCAUUGUUGCUAUGAAAACUUGUUAUUGUAUGCAUGUCUGUAUAUACAACUUGUUCUUUUCUUUUAAUUACAUGAUGAUCCUUUUUCAAAACCACAAGACCGCCACUCUGUCAGGUAUACUGUUCCUUCAGCCAUACACAAGGGGUACCAAAGUCCUUCACAUUGUGAUUGUGUGUAUUUCCGUUGAUGUUGGAAAGAAUGAUUUCUUCUAAUUAUUUAUGUAUUUUCUUUUUUUCUUUUUAAUAGCUUUCUACUUCACAUGAAAAAAGAGCGAGAGAGUGAGUGUUAAUGUAAACUCCCGGAGCUUUAAAUGAAUGCAUGUGUGAGAGUAACAUUCGAGGCAAAGUGUAUUUUUUGUAUUGCGAGCACAAACUUUGUUUUCGUCCCCAUUGGGUAUUUCUUAUCAUUAUAACAUCUAGAUAACAAAUACAUAUACCAUGGUGUUCAUGGUGUUUCAUCAGCCACACACUGCCCAGUCAUUUUCAGUUUUGUUGAAGUGGAGAAAGACCCUUUAUUGAUUUUGUAUUUAGUUUUUUAUUGAUUUUUUGUAUUAUUUUUUUUUUUAUACACUUUUACCCAGUCUCUAUGUGGUUGUACAGCUGGACUUAUCAAGCCUGAAAAUGAUCUUCAUGAUGUAUGGAACUUGUGACUUCUCUGGGGCUAAUAACCAUCUAAGAAUGGCUUUAAACAUGUCAUUAAAGAACCAAAUUCCAGCUCAGUCUGCAUAUCCUUUUUCUAUUUUAUUCAAGUAACAGAACACAUUUUGGAACAGCAGCAUCAUCGUGGUAGAGAGGAUGACUCCCCAUGUCUCGCAGCAUCAGGAUGUAUACUGUUCCUGUUGUAUGUUAUUUCAGUAAUAAGAUUUCAGGGUAGAAAGUAUCCAAUGUACAUUAUGUACUAUAAGCCAUAUAUUAUGUAUGUGGUGCAUCAGUGUUUAUUUUAUUUUCAUAAUAAUUACCAAAACAUUUUUUCAUUUUCCUUUUUCUUUUUUUUUAUUGCGUUCCUCGUGAGGUACGGUGGAACACAAACUCCCUGGGAGCAAUGUGAAAGAUUUAUAUAACAUAAAUGCAGUGUAAAAAAAAAUCUGUGAACGCUCUCAGUGGUGUUAAAAAUCGGAUUUCUGUAAAUACUAGUGCACUAUGUUUAAGGAAAAUAAAAAGUUUUCUGUA